AACCCAGAGGCGUAAUAAGUGAUUAUAAUCAACGUCGUAGAUUCAAAAACUAGAAAUAUAACUUCUAACUAAAGAGUUUUGCCCUUAAUUUUAUAAGCAGUAGAUAGGCAUAAAUUAAUGAAAUAGAAACACAAAUUUAUCUUCUAUUUAUAAGGUUGCAUCGCGUCUGGCUAGAAAAUUGUUAUUAACUGGCACAAGCAUAACAUGUAUCUUCCUGAUAAUUAGAUUACAGAUUUCCGUACACUGCAAAUUUCAAUAUAACAUAAAAAUCCAUAGUCUAUUCAUAACACAACUUCGUCAACCAUAAACAAUGCAGUCAGAUUUAUAAAAUAUUGAUUUUCAAGCUUAACGUUGACUGCAUUUUUUACUCCUCUGGAUGAGUACUAUAGACCCAUAAAAUAUUAGAUCCUUUUUCUUCGACACUUUUUUUAUUUCAUGAAACAAAACUGUCCCUCUAUGAAUUCCGUUUCCUGCGCGCGAUAUAUGCUAAUGUAAAACCGUUGUUAUUACUUGAUUCAUUCAAAUCUCGAUGUCAAUGACAUUUGUGAUACAGGUGCCAGCAUGCAUAUUGCAUUGUGUAUGUUUUUGUAAAGAUAAACGCGGUAUACGGGUUUCGCAACGCGUAUGCACCCACACGCAUCUAUAUGCAUAUAUAAAGAACAAGUUUGUUGUUCUUCUAAGUACUUGAACUUGAAUUUCAAAGCGUGUAAUAUGGCCUUCGCGUUAGAAAUCGCGUUGCUGAUCUUGUUCGGUGCUGCGUACGGUCGGGACAUCGAAGUUAUUUUGUUGCAAUUAUGGAACGCGGAAGACAACGCAGAGGUGCCUUUAAGUUUCAAAGCUUUCGAUCAAACGGUCGACUUAAUGUUGCGCAAAAACGACAAAAUUGUAGCCCCGCAGUUUCAAGUCUGGAAGCACAGCGACGAAGACACAGUGCAAGAACUACCGGAACUUAGCAACCCUGUCUCGUGUCAUUAUCUUCACCGGGAUGACUUUAGUUCCGCGGCGAUAAGCCUUUGCAAAAGAAGCGGAGUGCAUGGUCUCGUCUUUUUGGAGAACGUCACGUUAGAAAUUACACCGCUUCAAACCCAAGAUACGUCGUUUCUUGACAGUCAUUACAUCAGGAAACGUUCAAGAAACUUAGGAGAGCCCCACGUUGUGAAAAGAACUCUCGGACCUGCCAUGUUCUUCCACGAUCAACCAAAGUACCAUGAAUGGUUGCAUGACAACACACUGGAACUUGACGAACCCAGAGAACUGUUCAAAAAAUUUGGCAAGAACAACGUAGAAAACGAUGUUCUAUCCUUAGAGUUAGCGGUGUUUUUCGACGAGGCAGGAUAUAAACUCUUUUCGCCCCUUUUUAGCAAAAACGACGAGGAAGUCCGCGACAUGCUUCUAGCUUACAUAAAUGGCGUGCAGGCAAUUUAUCAUCAUCCAAGUUUGGGAGCUAACAUAGACAUCUCCUUGGUGCACCUAGAAAUUAUGCAGCAACAGCCACGAGAUCUACCGCAUCACGACGGUGAAAGAGGUCAACUGCUGGAUUCCUUUUGCAAUUACGCGAUGAAAAAGAAUCCUGACGAGUAUUAUCCUAAUCACUGGGACAUGGGGCUAUAUGUUUCGGGUCUGGACUUUUAUGCCAUGGAGGAUGGACGGAAAAACAGCGCCACUAUGGGACUCGCAGUAGUAGGAGGAUUAUGCAUCGAUCAGUACUCCUGCGUGAUCGCUGAGUUUGGUGCGACGAACCAAUUUGGGAAACCUUUUCCUUCUGCGGGAUUUACGUCCGUAUAUAUUGCCGCGCAUGAGAUCGGACACAAUUUAGGAAUGCACCAUGAUUCCACGAAUAAUGCAUGUCCGAAGGACGGCUACAUAAUGUCCCCGAGCAGAGGCACGCACGGUGAAACCGUUUGGUCGGACUGUAGCCGCGACGUAGCGCAAAAGCUAUUUUACACGAAACCGUGCCUCUUGGACAGGCCAACUGCUCAGACAGAUUCUCGAUUGGAUCAUGCUCGAUUCUACGAUCUACCCGGAAGAGAAUGGAACGCCAAGAAGCAAUGCGAAGUACUGUUACGCGACAAAGACGCCAGCGUCGCCACGUGGUACAAGGCUUGCGAGUCCCUGCAAUGCAAGACCCCGCACAGAAGCGGCUACUACUUCGCUGGACCGGCGUUGGACGGGACAUAUUGUGCCCCGGGUAAAGAAUGCCGUAGCGGGGAGUGCAAGAACGCCUUGCAGAUGCAUCCAGGUUCGGAUGAUCCGUUCGUUCAACCGGGAGGUUGGAGCGAGUGGAAAACAGGACCUUGCAAAAGCGCUUGUCUCUUGAAAUCCACUGGAGCGCAAACCAGACAACGAUUCUGUAAUAACCCGAUCCCGAGGAACACCGAAAGCGGGUGCCAGGGUCUGCAUUAUGACACAGUCCUCUGCGACGACAAUCGACUGUGCAAGAAGAAGCGGAAAAGCGCGAACGAGUUCGCGUCUUUGAAAUGCACAGAGUUCAGCGAAAGACUGCCAGAUUUGGACGGCAAGGGUGGCGGUCUACAGGCGCCGCACGAGCCCGAAAGACCAUGGAUGGCGUGCGCUAUAUUCUGUCGACGAAAAGACAUAGCAUCUUAUUACACGCCACGCGUAGAAUUAAACGACCUUGGCCUUGACCCGUACUUUCCAGAUGGGACAUGGUGCCACACCGAGCAGGGACAAAAUUAUUUUUGUCGCCAGCAUCACUGUUUGCCGGAGAGCUUUCGUUUCGAGAAAAUACUGCUGCAAAACGGGCAAGGAAUCGACGAGGAUGUAGAUUUCGGACCCCAGAAUGCUCAUGCCGGAGGACUUGGUCUUGACGAUCAAGUUAUCAAGUAUUUCAGCUUAGGACCGGAUGGAUUGCCUCUGUUGACCUCUCUGUCGCAUAGUAUUGGAUUUCCGCCUGAUGAGGACGAGUGGAUCGAUAAAGAUUACGUCGAGUUCGCGAAAACCACGGAAGAGGUCUUCGAAGGCAUGGAGUCGAAGGAGGAAGUUGCAUAAUCAGUAACGUAACUUGAUAAGGAUUAGGGCGGACGCGAGCUCAUCAAAAUAUGGGUUAACUCCUCCCCGUUAUGGACGUGAAAUAUUUUAUAUACCACGAUACAAUUAAACUCGUUUCAGUGAAAAAUCGUAACUAUAAAUUACUAUAAAGAAAUAUGUAGAACGUCUACGUUGAAAACAAUUCUUGAAAUGAAAUCAAUAGAGUACAGUGAAAACAGACAGGAUAUUUUUGGGGUAUCUUAUUUUUGUUUGCUAUUUAUCUGCUCAUUAUUAUUAUUAUUAUUACUAUUUUUAUCUACACCCUUCCUUUACUUCGCGUACACAGUACAAAUAUAAAUAUGUCGAUAAACUACAAAAUCGUAUACCAAUACAUACAUACAUGUGCAUAUAUGUAUACACGUAUGUAUAUCAAAACGAAGGGUAUACAGUUUAUAUACGAGUAUACGCACGCGUAUUUACACUGAAAUUCUACUGUUCGCCACGUAGUUAUAUGUGAAAGUAUCUUGAGAGAUAGGACGAUGACGUCACCUACUUCGCUGUCUAUUUUAGGAGUGUCCCGAUGUUAUAUUCAGCGUAGGAGCGACUCGAAGAGACCAAAGGAUCGAAUAAAAAUACAGAUCGUGUCACUUAAUUGUAUCGAUAUUAUUUUAGCGUACAAAUAAUUAACCAACCAUUAAAAUUAAGAAGACGCAUUACAUAAGAAAACGAUCAGCUCGAUAUUACAAAUAGUUUCGUUCAUGUGCACGUCUGCUUCCGUAUGACAAAACGUUCCACUGAUCAUUGUGAAUAAACAGAAACAGUAAAAUCCUAGAAUUUUUAUAAGCAAACGUUUAUAAUACCGGUAUACUUUUAUUUCGUACACGUAUAUUUUACAAGAAACAAAGAUCGAAUUGUAUAUUACGAAUACAUUAAAUAAAUGAAAAUAACUUAUGACUGAACACAAUUACGGUGGUGGCUCGUUUUGUCAUACUUUCACAGAAACUACCUUUUCAUACGAAUCGAGAUGUGUCAACACAUUUGCGCUAUCGAAACAAUACUUACAGAAACCAUACAUUCGUACGCAAACACACUCAUUCAUUCAACGUGUGUACAUAAUAGUUACUCUGAAUGUACAGAA